AGUUGUAGCGGAGGAAGAUCUUUUAAGGUUUCAAGUUGCAAAAUCAGCUUGAGCCAUGGCGUUCGUGACCAAGAAGGAUUCUGGAGUGAAGACCGUCGUCAAGGGCUUCUUGACGGGCGGCACGCAAGCAGCGAUCACAUACCCCACUGAGUACGUCAAAACUCAGCUCCAGCUGCAGUCGAAAAGCAACCCACAGUACAACGGCAUCAUUGAUUGCGCCAAGAAGACUAUUGACCAGCAUGGCGUCAAAGGGCUGUACCGUGGAGCGGGCGUUCGAAUCAUUGGAGCUGGCUUUCAGCAGAUGUGCAGGUGGGGUGCCUACACCAACCUGACCCAAAUCUUCCGGGAUCAAGAAACUGGCAAGCUGAGCCAGACCAACAACGUUCUUUGCGGCCUCGGCGCUGGCAUCUGCGAGGCUGUCUUCGCAGUGACGCCUGUGGAGACAGUGAAGACUCGUGUCACUGAUGACCAGCGACGUGGAACUGGCAACUACAAGGGCUCUGCUGAUGCCAUCGUGAAGAUCCUCAAAAACGAUGGCCCAAUGGGACUCUACCGAGGUGCCUUCCCCACGAUCUUGAAGCAGGGCACCAACCAGGCGGUGCGCAUGCCUCUGCAGGUGGCGAUUUUUGGCGUGAUCUCCUUCGGCGACGAGGCCCAGAAGCAGAACCCGCUCUUGAACGGCGCUGCGGGCUUCCUGGCAGGCUGCGGCUCCGUGUUGCUGACGCAGCCCCAGGAUUGCGUCAAGUCCCGCAUGCAGGGUGAGGCCGCAAAGGAGCUGUACUCGGGCACCGUGGAUUGUGCGAUGAAGAUGAUGAAGUCGGAGGGGCCCUCAGCCUUCUUUGCCGGAGCCAUCCCUCGCUGCGUGCAGGUGGGCAUGACCAGCGGCAUCAGCUUCGCGCUUUUCCCUGUGAUCAGCAAGCUGCUGAACCAGAUUAUGUGAGCAGGUCGGAACGCAGCGGUUCUUGGCCGCGAAUUUUGCUGUCGUGGCGUUGCCCCUAUUUGCUUUGUGUUGCCCAACUCAAGUCUAAAGGCAGCCUCUAUGAAGGUGCCUACUUUGUUUU